AACUUCGAAAAAAAUUGGCGUAGUCGGAUAGGAUAGAAAUACAUAUCAAUCGACUUAGUUUUUAAUCCUAAUGCCGAAUAUGGUACUUUUAUUGUUCAAAAGUUAAGUUUUGAUUGAGAAAAUUAAGAAUUACGGACAGAAAAAUGAUUUUUGUCAGCAACGAAAUAAAAUUUGAAAAAAAGCUCUACAUAUUUUAAACCUGGCCAAUCUAAUGAUGUGUGAAUCAAAUGUCUAGCCCGCCACACAAACAACUAGUAGGGUUUUUGAACGAGGGGUCUUGGUUCUUGACUCAUAUACGUUCCGAGUCUUGCCAAAAUUUCACUAUGUGAUUUGGAGACUUGGGAGUACCUUGGCUAGACGCAGUUUUGAAUAAGGAAUCCAAUUAUAGUAAGCUCAAGUCUCCAUGAUACUUCAGAAAAAAACCACAAGCCUUUUUUCUUAAAACGCAAAAUUUUCGUAUUUUUGAGACGUUCCCAGUAUUUUGAAUUUUCUUAUGAAUGAAAGCGUUUUUUCAGAAUGGGAAGGUGAUAUUCGUGGUCAGCAAGCUCUGACAAAUCCGAAUAUGUAUAAUAAACUCAAAAAAGAAUUUCGCUCGAAUUCUUGUUUAGUUCUGACUGAUUAUCCUCCAGGCUAUGUUUAUUCAAUUAAUGAUUUGAACAUCUAUGAUGUUGGCUCAAAUUAUUCUUCAUCGACGGCUAUCGUUGUUGUAUAUGAUAUUCGAGGUUUUAACAUAUCUCAAACAAGAGUAUUUUGUGAUAGAUUAUCGUUCGAGUAUAAAGCAAGAGUGGUGAUGCCUGACUUUUUUAGAGGUAAUGAAUUUAGACGAAAUUCAGCUCGAUUUUCAGCUUCAUUGAUUAAUAUUUUAGGCACUGCUGCUCCGGCAAAUAUGAGUGAAUUAGGCGCAUGGUUGGCACAAGCGGGUAACUGGUCUCAGGUUGAAAAAGAUUUGAUAAUGGUAAAUGAGCAGUUAAAGAAAGAUCGAGCUAAACAACUGGCUAUUCUUGGAUUUUGCUGGGGAGGAUUGCAAGUAUUGCGAGCAUGUGGCCAGUUAGCGGACUAUUAUUCGACCGGGAUUAGUAUACACGGAGCGUCGUUGACGGUAACAGAUGCACAAAAUCUUCAACGUCCAAUGAUGUUCUUGGCAGCAGGAAAUGAUCCACCUUUAACGAAUAUCACGGCUACUCUAAACCAGAAAUCAUUUGGUAAUCUAUGUGAAUAUAAAGUUUAUCCAAAUAUGAUACAUGGUUUUGCGUCAGCUGGUGCUAAUUUCAGUAAUCCAGAGAAUGUAGCAGCUUUGGAUGAUGUUCACGAUAGAUGCAACAAAUUUCUUACCAAAAUAUUAACAAAUAGUGGAAUGAUAGUUGCAUCAACAGUCAAAUUAGUACUUCUUACAUUUUACAUUUUAGUAAACAACAUUUAUUAUAUUUAA